CAGACAUUAUGGAAAUCGUCAUCGAUAGUGGAGAAAUUAAUUGUCUUUCAAUGAUAUCAUAAUUUAAAAUUAGAGUUGUACAGCUUUGAAAUAUGAUACAUCUACGACGAAUGCUCGAUAAACAUAUUUUUUUAUCUUUCGAUCUGAAAGUGCUUAACUUCAAACAUGAAGACACACAUCACAUUAUGAUACCGAGAGUAUAGACGACGAAGAGAUACCGGAUGAGAGAUACAAUGCAAUAAGAGAAUGAAUGUAUGUUAUAAUGCAACGAAGCAUCGAUCCGUGGAAACCCGGACAAGAGGUUCAAUCGUUUGAGUCGCAUCAGAACAUAUACAGAGGAUACGAAUGGGCUAAGGAUUGCAGCCGAAUUCGAUGGAAUAUGCUGAAAUAGUCGUCGGGAGGAACCAAGGAAAAAUCCAAUCACGCAAACGGAAUGGGGUGGCAGUUCGCCUGGAUAGGCCUGGAGCAUGGGGGACCAGGAGCAACAGGAAACGAUGCCGAGCGUGGUGGAAUUGAACGUGGGCGGCGUCUUCUAUACCACCGCCUUGACCACGCUGACCCGCGAAAGCGACUCGCAUCUGGCAACGCUCUUCACGGGCAAAUCCAGCGUGGAGAAAGAUGCCAAGGGCAAGUACUUCCUGGAUCGCGACGGCGUACUCUUCCGCUACGUGUUGGACUUCCUGCGCAAUCAGGCGUUGGUCCUGCCCGAGGGCUUUCGCGAACGCGAGAGGCUCAAGCAGGAGGCUAACUUCUACGGUCUUCCCGGUUUAGAGAAGGCCAUUUUGGAGAACGUCGAUUCUGGCGGGCAAAUCAGCGGUGCGGUCGGCAAACGCACGCCAGGAUACAUCACGGUUGGCUACCGGGGCAGCUUCGCUUUCGGCCGCGAAGGUCUGGCCGAUGUCAAGUUCCGCAAGCUCUCGAGGAUCCUCGUUUGCGGCCGCGUGGCACUUUGCCGGGACGUCUUCGGCGAGACGCUAAACGAGAGUCGCGAUCCCGACCACGGCAUGUCUGAUCGUUACACGUCGCGCUUCUUCCUGAAGCACAGCGUCAUCGAGCAGGCCUUCGACAUGCUGCAGGAGCAGGGCUUCAGGUUGGCGGGUAGUUGCGGUUCUGGCACCGCCGGCAUCAACUCCGAGCAACUGAAACCUGGGGUGGAUUCCGAGGAGAAUCGCUGGAAUCACUAUAACGAGUUCGUCUUCGUGCGCGAUUAAAGAGUUUCGUUAGCAAUCUCUUCCGAUAAAAGUGUACUUCGGUUGAUCUGAUCAUCGACUCAAGCAUCUUCUAAGCGUGCGAAGCGGCAAACACAGAGAAAAAGACUUCCUCAGGUACUUGAAAGGGUUCGGGCAGACGUAAAAACGGAGGAACACGUGCGUGAUUAACGUGUGAGCGCAAAAAAUAUAAGACUCUCUUGGUUGCAUACAUAAUGAGAUCGAUAUAUAGUAUCGGAUUUAGGAAAAGUUCGUACGAAAGCGUCGAAUGUUCGUUUCGCAAGAUUCUUCAUUAAUUUCGUCUCGCUAGAAAUUUCCCAAAGUUAUCGCAUUAUAAUCAAUCAAUGUCGACAUAACUAGAAAUUUGGAGCGUUUCUAUUCCGAGAGUAUCAACAUUGUCAGCCUUCUCUGAGGCAUUAAGAUCCUUUCAUUAUAAUCGGCUUUUUCAUCAAAGUAAAGAGAAUAGAUAAGGUAGAGAUACAUUUUCAUAUUUUGAUAGAAUCCUUAUUUGAAUUAACGCUUUAUUAAUAUUAAUAACGAGGAAUUGAAGAUUCAUUAAAGAGAAUUAUGAACUCGUCGAUUAUGACUAUAUUGGAUCUUUCAAUAAACGUCAUUUGUUGAUAAUUUCAUUAAAAACUAUAUAAUAAAAAUUAAAAGUAGCAAAUCGAACCAUAAGAGCCUAAAAAUGUUUGUUUUCAAUCAAAGACACUUCAUUGA